GGUGGCGGCCGCUGCGUCGACCUUGGCAAGACCCGGGCGGCGCAGAACUGUGCUGGCCUCCCGGGGGAUGGGCCACCAGGAGUCUCCGCUGACCCGUGCGGCGGCGGGAGGUGCAGCUUAUAUAAAAAGGUUAUGUAAAGGGCUCAGCUGGCGCGAACACGUGGAGGGCCACGGGAACCUGGAAGCCUGGGCCUCCCCCGCGAGCGCCUCUGCCACCACCGGCGCAGCGGUGGGACCUGUCGCAAGCCUGACUCGGGCCGCCGCCUCCCGCGCAACUCGGUCCCGGAGGCAGCCCCAGCCCGGAGCGGACCAUCCCCUGGCUAGGGCCCCAGGGGGGAAGCGGGCCGCCCGGAAGUGGAACGGUGCCGGCCAGGUCACAAUCCAAGGUCCCGCUCCUCCGCGUCCCGGGGCCGGACGGAGGGAUGAGGCAGGGGGGGCCCGGGCAGCACCGUUGCUGCUCCCCCCGCCGCCCGCAGCCAUGGAAACGGGGGAGGAGGACGGCGCCCGCAGAGGUACACAAAGCCUGGAGCGGAAAAGGCGAAGCCCAGUGCCGCGGGCGCCCAGCGCGAAGCUGAGGCCGGCGGCGGCGGCCCAAGCCAUGAAUCCGGUGGCGGCCGAGGUCCCGGGCGAGGCCUACCUGGCGAGGCGGCGGCCAGAGGGUGGCGGCGGGUCUGCGCGGCCGCGCUACAGCCUGUUGGCCGAGAUCGGGCGCGGCAGCUACGGCGUGGUUUACGAGGCAGUGGCCGGGCGCAGCGGGGCCCGGGUGGCGGUCAAGAAGAUCCGCUGCGACGCCCCCGAGAACGUGGAGCUGGCGCUGGCUGAAUUCUGGGCCCUGACCAGCCUCAAGCGGCGCCACCAGAACGUCGUGCAGUUUGAGGAGUGCGUCCUGCAGCGCAACGGGCUAGCCCAGCGCAUGAGUCACGGCAACAAGAGCUCGCAGCUUUACCUGCGCCUGGUGGAGACCUCGCUCAAAGGAGAAAGGAUCCUGGGCUAUGCCGAGGAGCCCUGCUAUCUCUGGUUUGUCAUGGAGUUCUGUGAAGGUGGAGACCUGAAUCAGUACGUUCUGUCUCGGAGGCCGGACCCAGCCACCAACAAAAGCUUCAUGCUACAGCUCACCAGCGCCAUUGCCUUCCUGCACAAAAACCACAUCGUGCACAGGGACCUAAAACCAGACAACAUCCUCAUCACAGAGCGCUCCGGCACCCCUAUCCUCAAGGUGGCGGACUUUGGACUGAGCAAGGUCUGUGCUGGGCUGGCACCUCGAGGCAAAGAGGGCAAUCAAGACAACAAAAAUGUGAAUGUGAAUAAAUACUGGCUGUCCUCAGCCUGUGGCUCAGACUUCUACAUGGCCCCUGAAGUCUGGGAGGGACACUACACGGCCAAGGCGGACAUCUUUGCCCUGGGCAUUAUCAUCUGGGCAAUGAUAGAAAGAAUCACUUUCAUUGACUCUGAGACCAAGAAAGAGCUCCUGGGGACCUACAUUAAACAGGGGACUGAGAUCGUCCCUGUUGGUGAGGCGCUGCUAGAAAACCCAAAGAUGGAGUUGCACAUCCCUCAGAAACGUAGGACUUCCAUGUCUGAGGGGAUCAAGCAGCUCUUGAAAGAUAUGUUAGCUGCUAACCCACAGGACCGGCCUGAUGCCUUUGAACUUGAAACCAGAAUGGACCAGGUCACAUGUGCUGCUUAAAAUUCAGGGCUGACCAUCUUGGGUGUUUUUAAACUAGGUUGAUCCUUUGGAACCCACAGUCCCAUCGUGUCUCCGGCAGGACGGCAGAGGGUACAGGUGAUGGCUCGGCUGGUUGGCGAUCUCCCGACAGCUGGAUCUCCGGCAAUGUGAAGCUUUUGUUUGGUUUCCCCUCCUUUUAGU